AUGUGGGAAGCCGCUUGCUUGGAUGGGUCUCUCAAAGGCGUUCAACAGGAGACACUACGGUUCGAAGAAGACAGCGGUCUACAUGAGCGUGAUUCUCCGACCAUUUGGAGCAAGAACAGCUUAAGAUACCACGACACGACACAGCCAUACGUGAGGGACGGAGAAGAGAAGCAACGGCAACACACCAAUGUGCAUUCUAUUGUCCUUUCCGACUUGGACAACAGCGGCGAAGAUGCUCCGCAGAUGCAGCUAAAUGAACAUAGCGUAAACACUUCUAGGGUGUUGUUCACCUCGAGGGCAGAUUUCACGUCGUUCUGUUCCGUGGAAGAGAAAAAUCCAGAGAAUGCAGAAGUGGCUACGAGGCGCGCGCUCACAAUUCACAACAAUGCCCGCCAAAUUCUUCAGGCUUACCGCGCUUUGAAGUUCACCAUUGAGCAACAGGUGUACAGGCGCUACUUUUUGAAGUGGCUGCAACUCCACUGGUCGAGAGGCCCAGUUGGUGGACCCAUACAGACAUCAGCAGCACUACCCUUGUGCUCCACGCCGCAGGUGGUGAAGAGACAAUUGGAAGAUGGUAUGGAAGGUCUCCUGUGGGACACGGCAUCUAAAUCAACGCCGUUGUCAGUUCCCAGUAGUAUUAAAUACGGAUUGAGCAGCACAGGGCACAGUGGAUCAAACAGGCGACAGGAGCUGCAGAGCGACGGCCAACCAUACGAAAGCACGCCACGCAACUCGCCAUGGAGUGCGACAAAGGAACCUUCAUGUAAGCUUGCUUAUGGCGAGAAGCACAACACGCCAUCUACGUCAGCCACUCCGUCCAAUAAGGACUCUUCCCUUUACUCGUGCAACGUGUCAUCCAUCCACCCGGACAGAGGAACACCCCAACGCGAAGAAUUCCCGUGCCUUCGCCUCCCGGCGCUAGGCACGCCGCGGUCGCAGAGUGUGAACUGA